AUGGGUAGCGCGGGGGCUCUGCCAGCGCAGGCGGCUCCACCGGAGCCGGUGCGGAGGUCGGAGCUGGCCCCGGCCACAGCUGCGGCGAUCUCCCGGCACUGUCACCUCGCCAUUGCCACCCCUGCCGCCCGUGUGACCCAGCCCGCUUUUCGCCAGUAUCAGAGGAGAAGCGAAAGACGACAUGAACAUGAUGACCCAUUCUGUCACUUCGUGCCUAGGAGUGCUCAAGUAUGUAUUGAAUUCACUGUUUUGUGUAUUUCAGAUGAUAAAAAAGAUAUUGACCAUGAAACAGUGGUGGAAGAGCAGAUCAUUGGGGAGAAUUCUCCUCCAGAUUACUCAGAGUACAUGACAGGGAAGAAACUUCCUCCUGGUGGAAUACCUGGCAUUGACCUCUCAGACCCCAAACAACUGGCUGAAUUUGCUAGAAUGAAACCAAGAAAAAUAAAAGAAGAUGAUGCACCACGAACGAUAGCUUGUCCUCACAAAGGCUGCACAAAGAUGUUCAGGGACAACUCUGCCAUGAGGAAGCAUCUGCACACCCACGGCCCUCGAGUACAUGUUUGUGCAGAAUGUGGCAAGGCCUUUGUGGAGAGCUCAAAACUAAAGCGACAUCAGCUAGUUCAUACUGGAGAGAAACCCUUUCAGUGUACGUUUGAAGGAUGUGGAAAACGUUUUUCACUGGACUUCAAUUUACGCACACAUGUGCGAAUUCAUACUGGUGACAGGCCCUACGUUUGCCCCUUCGACGGCUGCAAUAAGAAGUUUGCGCAAUCAACUAACCUGAAAUCUCACAUCUUAACACAUGCUAAGGCCAAAAACAACCAGUGAAACUUGGAGGAGAAAGUUCUUGAACGAACUCAAAGCAUCUUACAGGAGUAUGAAUUGGAAAUAAAUAUGUCUCCUCUUUGUAUAUUGUUUCUAGGAAAGAAUUUUAAAAAAAAAGAACCCUACAAAUCUAAAGGACGUGUUUUGAUAAGUAGUAAAUAAAAAGCAAAAAAAAAACCCCACAAAAAAACUUUCAGGUGACAUUGCUAAGAUGCUCUACCUUGCUCUGUAAUCCCGUUUCAAGAACACGGUGUUUUGUAAAGUGUGGCCCCAACUGGAGGGGUCUGUUCAUGAACUUGCAUCAAAAAAAGACAAUUCUUUAUACAACAGUGCUCAAAUUGGACUUCUUUUCACAUUCUUAUAAAUAUGAAGCUCACCUGUUGCUUACAAUUUUUUUAAUUUUGUAUUCCAAGUGUGCAUAUUGUACACUUUUUGGGGAUAUGCGUGGUAAUGCUAUGUGUGAUUUUUCAGGAGGGUGAAAACUUGCUUGUGGUAGAUUUUCUUUAAAAGAAUGGGCAGUUACAUGCAUACUUCAAAAGUAUUUUCCUGUAAAGAAAAAAGUUAUAUAGGUUUUGUUUGCUAUCUUAAUUUUGGUUGUAUUCUUUGAUGUUAACACAUUUUGUAUAAUUGUAUCGUAUAGCUGUAAUGAAAUCAUGUAGUAUCAAAUAUUAGAUGUGAUUUAAUAGUGUUAAUCAAUUUAAACCCAUUUUAGUCACUUUUUUUGGAGAAAUACUGCCAGAUGCUGAUGUUCAGUGUACUUUCUUUACCUGGUCAGUUACGGAAAGUGGUGCUCAGUUGUAGAAUGUAUUGUACAGGCACUGACCUUUUAUUAACACCUGAUAAUAUGUACAUCCCAUGUAAUAGAAAGGACAACAAUAAAACAGUGGUCCUAAAGAAAGAAUAUGGCAGAAAAUUAUCUGUAAGCACAGUCUAUUUUCUUUUGUUGUCCAGAGCAAUCCUAGUUCCUCUUGACCUCCCAGAAACUGGAAGCUAAAUAAACUCAAAUUUCCUUUCCUUUGCAGUCAAUUACAAUGAUUUCUGAUGAAAUUACAUAAUGUCACAUCAGGUGGUAUACUGGAACAGAAUUGCUGACU